AUGGAAACUGUCACCAAGGUCGUCCACGCGGCCUCGACCGCUAUAUGGGGCGAGGGUAAUGACAGCCAGUCGACCCAGCAGCACGGCGAAGAGCCCAUCUCAGGCGUGCAAGGCAAAGGUGCUGCCAAUGACCCCUAUGACGCGGGAAAUCGUGAUGAGCAACCCUCAGCUCCCUUCACAGAGAUCGACCCAAUUGCCCAGGAGCCUACGCUAGACUAUAAGUCGCAAACACUGGAUGCCAAGACAGACGCCACGGGCACCGCAGCACCAGAUCUCAAUAGCACCACAGCUGUCACUCUUCCCAAGCCCACCGAAACUCCUACCAGCAAUGCACAGACCCAGUCUCUGGCAACAGAGCAGCGCAGUACAGAUAAUACAGACAAACUCCAACCCACCGAAAACGCCGCGGCAGCAGGAGGCAGUGGCAGCGGCAGUGGUAAUUCCAAUUCCUCAGGGUCAGCCAAGCAGGGCGUGAGCAAGGAAGCACUGGAGGGACCUCAAGGUCCUGCACCAACCCCGGCCUCGGAAUUCGAGGACGAGGCCAAAGGAAAGAAGCCUGCCGCCAAGGAGACCAAGCCCGUCGAGUCCGAGUCUCCGGCCAGCUCUAGCUCUGCAAAGAGCGAUACGUCCGCCAAGAGCCCGAGUAAAGCCUCCAGUGGUAGUGGCGAUGGCAAUGGCAAUGGCAAGCAUAGCACCUUGGCCAAGGUGAAGGAAGGCUUGAAGAAGGUUGCCCACCCGCGACAUGGGAGCAAGUCUUCGUCCUCUUCUUGA